AUGGACGAAACUGUAAUUGCUAAACCGGACGAAAGUUUACAAUUAGAAGAUCUGAAGAAGGAAAAAGCGAAAGCGAAAUCGGCAUUCACAAAAACUAGACAUUCAUUAUUGCAAAUUCUUGAAGAAGAUUUUCCGGAUCGUGAAGAAAUAAAAGUAAUUCAAGAGAAACUUAUAAAUGCAGAAGAAAAAGCGAUGGAUAUUAUGGGGAAUUUAUACGAUAAAUACAAGCAUAGAAAUGACAUUCAAAAUGUGAUGAAAACAACAAAAGAAAUGGAAAAAAUCGAAGAAGAAUUCACAGAAGCAGAAAAUGAGUGUCGUGACUAUUUGAUCGAGAGCAAAGUUGCGUCAAGCGUUGGAUCCAGUGUAUCUAGAAUCUCAAAACGAGAUAAUGUGAAUUCCGUAAAUAAAGUGGAAAGUAAACAUGUUACUGAAGAAAAGGAAGUUAAACCAGAAUUCGAACAAACUACGAAAGAAGGAAAUAAAAACAAGCAGUUGAAGUCUGAAUUAGGAAGCGACAUGUGGAAACAAUUAAAAAGAGUUUCAAUACCGAUAUUUAAUGGAAAUAAAAGAAACUACCAGAGCUGGAAAGCUGCAUUUCUAGCAUGUAUCGAUCAAGCACCGGCGACAAAGGAAUAUAAAUUAUUACAACUAAGACAAUAUGUUGAAGGUGAAGCGUUACAAGUUAUCGAAAAUUUAGGACAUUCAGCAGUUGCGUAUGAUGCCGCAAAGGAGCGCUUAGAAAGAAAGUAUGGAGGACAACGAAGACAGAUAACCCUGUAUAUAGAAGAACUUGAAAACUUUAAACCUAUGAGAGAAGGUAUCGCUAAAGACAUAGAACAUUUUGCAGAUUUACUGGAUAUAGCAGUUGUGAACUUGAAAGAAGCAGGUCGUUUCGAGGAGCUAAAGAAUGGUUCUUUGUACAACAAAUUGCAGCGAAAGAUGACAGAAUCUAUGUUGUCGAGGUAUCAUCGUUGGAUAUUCGAAAGCGGAAAAACAGAGUCAGUCGAAUGUCUACGUGAGUGGAUUUUACAGGAAGCAGAGUUUCAAACUAUAGCAUCAGAAACAAUACAUGGAUUAAGUGCAAUCACUAGUAGCAAUUCACAGCGGAAUUAUAAAGGAAAUCGUAGGGAUGGAUUUAGAACAUUUUUUGGAGAAUCGCAAAAUGAAAGCUAUACCGGAAAUAGGAUGUGCAAGUGUUGUAACGGUAAUCAUGGAGUCUGGAAGUGUGAUGAAUUUCGGAAGUUAACCGUUAACAAGAGAUGGGAUACCGCGAAACGUUUACAGUUGUGUUAUCGUUGCUUAGGACAUGAUCACGUAGGCAGACAGUGUCCGAGAAGUAGAGCAUGUAACUUGGAUGGAUGCAAAGAAGUGCACAACAGACUUUUACAUAGAGAUAAACAAUCGUUCAGUGAGCCAAAAGUUCCAGUGAGAACCGAAUCGAAAACAAAACAGAACUAUGCUGCUGAAAAGAAGGAAAAUACAGGCGCUGUCACUGAGAGGGAGAGUCGGGAUCGAACAAUGAUUGGCCGAGACAGAAAAUCAAACAUCGUUACGCUUAGAACAGUACCUGUAAUAUUGAAAAAUGGAAACCGUACCGUUAGUGUUAAUGCAUUACUGGAUGACGCAAGUACGAAAACAUAUAUCAACGCUGAUGUUGCCGCCGAAUUGGGACUUCAAGGACAAAUUCAGAAAGUGACAGUUAAUGUAUUAAAUGACAAUGUUGAAACAUUUGAAACUAUGCCAGUCGAGGUAAGACUUCAAAGUCACAAUGGUCAGACAGACGCCAAAGUAGUCGCAUUCACUACAAACCGUGUAACCGGAAGUUUACAGCCAGUUGACUGGAAACAACACGCUCGGAAAUGGGACCAUCUUGCAGGGAUUAAAUUUCCGAAUCUAGGAAAGAGACCUACCGUUGAUAUGUUGAUCGGACUGGACUAUCCGGAUCUACAUUAUUCUUAUAGAGAUAUACGUGGUAAGCCUGGAGAGCCAAUUGCUAGACUAACACCGUUAGGUUGGACGUGCAUCGGAGAUCCGAAUAGCGGUCAGGAUCAGACAUUAUUUAACCGAACUUAUUUUGCUCGUGGACAAGAGAAUCGAAAUAAUCUAGAUAACAUUGUUAGGAAAUUUUGGGAAAUCGAAAAUGUCAAAACACCAAGCGAAAACGUAUUUCUAAGCAGUGAUGAGAAAAAAGCGUUGUCAAAGGUAGAGCAAUCGUUGGAAUUUAAGGAUGGACACUACGAAGUUAAAGUACCGUGGAAAGACGACACACCUUCAUUACCGAACAAUUAUAAUAUGGCAUUAAGUAGAUUAGCAAAUACAGAAAAAAGAUUAAACAAAGACCCGAGUAUUGCUAAAGUUUAUACACAAACAAUAGAGAAAUAUAUUGAGAAAGGAUAUGUUCGCAAAGUGUCGACAAAGGAGACUGUUGCAGGAAAAUGGUAUUUGCCACAUUUUCCAGUGAUUAGACCGGACAAGGAAACAACUAAAACUAGGAUUGUAUUUGAUGCGUCCGCAAAAUUUCAGGGGAUUUCGCUAAAUGACACUAUUCAUCAAGGUCCAAAGUUACAGCAAGAUUUAUUCGAUGUACUAUUACGCUUCAGAAAGUACCCCGUUGCACUUGUUUGUGACAUCGCUGAAAUGUAUUUGAGAAUUAAAAUUGCACCAGACGACAGGCCGUAUCACAGAUUUUUAUGGCGCGCAAUGAACACUGAACAAGUACCAGAGGAAUAUGAAUUCAAUAGUGUUGUUUUUGGAGUAAAUUCGUCUCCAUUUCAAGCUCAGUUUGUUUCUAGAAAACAUGCCGAAAUGACAAAAGAUUCAUAUCCACUAGCCGCCGAAACAGUUCUAAAAUCUACAUACAUGGACGACAGUAUGGACUCCGUAAUCAACGAUGAACAAGGCAUCGAACUUUAUAAUCAGCUAUCUCAGUUAUGGGCAAAGGCAGGGAUGUAUGCACGGAAAUGGCUAUCGAAUUCAAAGGCAGUUUUACAAUGCAUUCCAGAAGAAGAUCGCGCGUCACAAGUCGAUCUCGAUGAGGGAUAUUUACCGUCAGUGAAAACACUAGGAGUUAUAUGGCAGGCAGACAAUGACAUAUUCACGUUUAAAGCUAACCCACCGGCAGAGGAUUUUAAAUUUACUAAACGAAACAUUCUAAGCAAAGUUGCUACGUUAUUCGAUCCGUUGGGAUUUAUUGCGCCGUACACAAUAAGAGGAAAACUGCUACUACAAGAGAUGUGGACAGCAGGACUAGACUGGGACGACCAGUUAGACGAAGAACUGGUUGAAAAAUCUAGAGAGUGGUUCCGAGAACUUGAUGAACUAUGUUGUAUUGAAAUACCGAGAUGUUUGCAGUUAAACGAAGACAUUGUUUCGACGAGUUUACACACAUUUAGUGACGCUUCUCAAGAGGCUUAUGGCUCAGUAAUAUAUGCUAGAAACGAGCAUACGAGUGGAAUGAUAUCUACUAGAUUAAUAGCAGCGAAAUCGAGAGUUGCUCCUUUAACAUCAGUCAGCAUUCCAAGACUUGAGUUAAUGGCCGCAGUUUUAGGAUUAAGAUUAGCACUUUCGGUUAAAAACGCAUUAGAAGUGCUAGAGGAUAAUAUGACAUUCUGGUCAGACAGUAUGAACGUUUUGCAUUGGAUUAGAGGCAGAAGUAGAGAAUAUAAGCCAUUUGUAGCGAAUAGAAUUGGAGAAAUUCAUACGUCAUCGCAUCCUAAUCAAUGGCGACAUGUGCCAACAAAAGUUAAUCCGGCAGAUUUAGUAUCGAGAGGAAGAACCGUAAAACAGUUACAGUCGGACGUAAUUUGGUGGAAUGGACCGGAAUUCCUACAAGAUGAAGAACCGCAAUGGCCGGACACUAAUAUUCAGAUAGAAAACAUACGUGAUACCGAACUAAGAUGUCAAAAGAAAACAAGCGAUAACUUAACUAAUUGCACUACACUGAAAAGUAUUCAUACUAGUGAUUCAGAUUGGCGUCUAGAUCCCGCACGUUAUUCGACUUUUGUAAGACUAGUUCGGGUACAAGCGUAUGUGCACAGAUUUCUUGACAAUUGCAGACUAAAGCAAAAACAACGUCGUCAAGGAAGUUUAUCUACCGUCGAGUAUGCAGAUGCCGAAUUGGAAACAAUAAAAAAUGCACAAAGAGAGGCAUUUCCAGACGAAUACAACGCUCUUAUGAAAAGUAAAGAUUUACCGAAAACAAGCAAAUUAUUAGGAUUACAACCGCGAAUUGAUGAAAAUGGAUUAAUAAGAUGCGAUGGACGUUUAGAGUUCGCUGAUUUUCUAUCAUUCGAUGCAAGAUAUCCAAUUAUAUUACCACGAAAGAAUUGGGUCACGAAGCUUAUUGUGAAACGCUAUCACGAACUUGGAAAACAUGUUAGUGGGACAAAUCAAACAUUUUCAGCAUUAUCGUCACGAUUUUGGAUUAUUUCAGGAAGAGAAGAAAUAAGAGAAUAUGAACAUGAGUGUUAUACGUGUCGUAAGAAGAAAGCUAAAGUUGCCGAGCAAGUGAUGGCUCCAUUACCGGAAAUUCGUUUCAAAACACCUUUACAUGCUUUCGCUCGUACAGCAGUUGAUUUUGGUGGACCGUUCAUAACAGUUCAGGGCAGAGGAAAGCGCCGUCAGAAAAGAUACUUAUGUCUAUUUACAUGUUUAGCGUCACGCGCAGUGCAUUUGGAAGUAGCAUUUGGAUUAGAUACGGACUCAUUUCUUAACGCAUUUUAUCGGAUGGUGAACAGGCGAGGUCUUCCGAAAGAGAUAAUUUCAGACAAUGGAACUAAUUUUGUUGGAGCAAAUAGAGAACUGAAAGAACUAGUUGCGCUUUUAGACAAGGAUAAAAUACAUAAUUCAAUUAGUAACCAAGGAAUUAAGUGGCAUUUCAACCCACCGUUAGCUCCGCAUUUUGGUGGUAUUCACGAGACAAUGAUAAAAUCGGCAAAACGGGCUAUUUAUGCAAUAUUAGGAAAUGCAGACAUUAAUGAUGAGGAGCUUUUAACAGCAUUUACCGGAGCUGAAGCACUGAUAAAUUCGAGACCGCUUACGUACCAGUCUGCUGAUCCGAAAGAUGAUACACCUUUAACACCGAAUCACUUCUUGCACGGACAAUUAGGUGGUCAUUUCGCUCCAGAAACCGUUGAUAUUACUGAUUUUAACCCGAGAAAACGAUGGAGAAGAAUUCAGGAAUUAAUUAGACAUUUUUGGAAACGUUGGAUUAGUGAAUGGUUGCCAGGACUUAACAAACGCGACAAGUGGACUAAAACGAAAAGGGACAUAAAAACCGAUGAUAUUGUACUGGUGAUGAAUCCGAACGUUCAGAGAGGACAUUGGCCGCUUGGCAGAAUAAUCGAAGUUUUCCCUGGCAAAGAUGGACAUGUUCGCGUUGCAAAAGUUUCACUUGGACAAACUGUAUUAAUGAGACCAAUUACAAAACUGUGUCCGUUAGACAUCGAAACCUCCGAAAAUGACAGUGAUAAAUAA